UAUGACAGAAGCAGAAUAAACAUUUUAUGUCUCUCCAAUAGCAAAUCCCAUUGCAAAUAGUAAAUUAUAGAAAGGGCUUCUUAGAUUUAUUGCUAGAUGUAUUCCUUGAUUGAUCUUUUAGAAAUAACUAUUAAGCAUAUUAAAAGAGGAGUAAAAGAAGUUGGAAAGGCAUUAAGAAAGAAGACUCCUGGAAUUGUUGUAUUUGCUGCUGAUAUUAGUCCUGUUGAUGUGUUAUCACAUUUGCCAAUUUAAUGCGAGGAAUUAGGAAUUCCUUACAUUUAUGUGAGAAGCAGAUUAGAAUUAGGUAAUAUUAAAUUAUUUAUCUAUAAAGGAGCUGCUGCAUAAACUAAAAAGCCUACUAGUGUAGUAUUGGUUUAGGUACCAACAAAGGAUGAUGUGAAAGGAUUAGAAAAAUAUCAUGAAUUAUUUGACAAAGUAAAAGAAAGCAAUCCAUUCAUAUGAU